GCCGCGGCAGCCAUGUUGGACGUGGCCAGCCCAGUGGCCAGCACGGGGGCCGGCACCAGGUGGUUAUCGAACCAGUUGUCACGAUGCUGGGGUCCCUGGUGUUGAAGAGAACAGCGCUGGCGCAGCGGCUCCUACCCCAGCUGCUUAGGUCUCCAUUGCUCCAGAAAUACCGAAGUCCCUCCGGCCGGAAUGUGACCACCGAGGGCUGCGGGGAGCCUCAGUGGCUGAGAGCCCCCUUUGGGGGGCGUCCUGGAACAUCACUGGCCUUGAUCACCCGCAGAGGGGCAGCCACCGGGGGGCGCCAGGGAAGACGUCCGGAGACCCAGUGCCUCGCAGCCGCUCCAGGGGAACACCUUCCCAGCUCCAAAGAAACACUCUCCGGACACGACUGCUGGAAUGAGCUCCCCAACAGAGUUGGAAUGGGCAUGUGGGCCCUGGCCACAGCUCUGGUGGUUCACUGUUACAGCAAGACCCCGUCCAGCAAGGAUGCAGCCCUGCUGGAAGCUGCCCGCACCAACAAUGUCCAAGAAGUCAGCAGGCUGUUGGCGGAUGGUGCAGAUGUCAAUGCAAGGCACAGGCUUGGCUGGACAGCACUUAUGGUGGCAGCCAUCAGCCGAAACUACAGUGUGGUGCAGGUCCUGCUUGCUGCUGGUGCUGACCCAAACCUUGGGGAUAAUUUCAGCAGUGUUUACAAGACCGCCAAGGAGCAGGGAAUCCAUUCUUUGGAAGUCCUGGUCACCCGAGAAGAUGACUUCAACAACCGGCUGAACAACCGAGCCAGCUUCAAGGGCUGCACAGCCCUGCACUAUGCUGUCCUUGCUGACGACUACCAAACUGCCAAGGAGCUAAUUGAUGGAGGAGCCAAUCCCCUACUGAGGAAUGAGAUGGGACACAAAGCCUUGGAUUAUGCCCGAGAAGGAGAAGUGAUGAAGCUUCUAAGAACUUCGGAGACCAAGUACCAGGAGAAGCAGCGGAAGCGUGAAGCUGAGGAGCGGCGCCGAUUUCCACUGGAGCAGCGGCUGAAGGAGCACAUCAUUGGCCAGGAGAAUGCCAUCGCCACCGUGGGUGCAGCAAUCCGGAGGAAGGAGAAUGGCUGGUAUGACGAAGAACACCCUCUGGUCUUCCUCUUCUUAGGAUCAUCUGGAAUAGGCAAAACAGAGCUGGCGAAGCAGACAGCCAAAUAUAUGCACAAAGAUGCCAAAAAGGGUUUCAUCAGGCUGGACAUGUCUGAGUUCCAGGAGCGGCAUGAGGUGGCCAAGUUCAUUGGGUCCCCACCAGGCUACGUCGGCCACGAGGAGGGUGGUCAGCUGACCAAGAAGCUGAAACAGUGUCCCAAUGCUGUGGUGCUCUUUGAUGAGGUGGACAAGGCCCAUCCAGAUGUGCUUACCAUCAUGCUACAGCUGUUUGAUGAGGGCCGGCUGACAGAUGGAAAAGGGAAAACUAUUGACUGCAAGGAUGCCAUCUUCAUUAUGACCUCCAACGUGGCCAGCGACGAGAUUGCACAGCACGCACUGCAGCUGAGGCAGGAAGCUUUGGAGAUGAGCCAUAACCGUAUUGCCGAGAACCUUGAGGAUGUCCAGAUCAAUGACAAGAUCACCAUAUCAAAGAAUUUCAAGGAGAAAGUGAUUCGCCCUAUCCUAAAAGCUCACUUCCGGAGGGAUGAAUUUUUGGGACGAAUCAAUGAGAUCGUCUACUUUCUCCCCUUCUGCCACUCGGAGCUCAUCCAGCUGGUCAACAAGGAACUGAACUUCUGGGCCAAGAGAGCCAAGCAACGGCACAACAUCACACUGCUCUGGGACCGCGAGGUGGCAGACGUGCUGGUCGACGGCUACAAUGUGCACUAUGGUGCCCGCUCCAUCAAGCAUGAGGUAGAGCGGCGUGUAGUGAACCAGCUGGCAGCCGCCUACGAACAAGACCUGCUGCCAGGGGGCUGUACUCUGCGUAUCACUGUGGAGGACUCAGACAAGCAACUGCUCAAGAGCCCUGACCUGCCCUCAUCCCAGACUGAGAAGCGGUCACCCAAGCUGCGGCUGGAGAUUAUCGAUGAGGACAGCAAGACCCACAAACUGGACAUCCGGGCACCGCUACACCCUGAGAAGGCCUAGAUUUGGCCAUUGGGAACCCUUUCCAGUCAGCUCCUGUGUUGUUUCAGCAUUGCCCCUGUUAUUUUUUUAGCACUUCCUUACUUUCUGGCACCACAGGGUGUUCCAAACUCACUCAUAUUUUUCUUGCCCCAGCCCUGACAUUAGCCAUUUCACCACGCAGCACCUGGUUUCUGUUACUUGAAAGUGACACUUAGAAACCAAGAUCUGGGCACCAGGUGUAUUCAUUGCUACUGGAGUGUCAUUGCGUCUCAGCCCUUUCAGGUCACAAAACAAGAAAAUAUGUAUAUGUAUGUUAACACAUGCGUCACAUGUCUGAAUUUAUUGUUGUGUGUCUCUCUCUGUAUAUUAUUAAAAGCCAUACAUUCAUAUUGAUACCUACAGUUCCAAAUCAAUAUCCCAGAGUCAUGUGACUGCCAAUAUUAUGACUUUACUAUUGUUGUUCUGCUUUUCUUCUCCUUUCAUUCUGUUUGGCGUUCAAGUUUCCCUUAGUGGCUCUAAUUAAGUCAGUGAGUGGCCAUCCUCAAUGGCAGGGGUUCCCAACCUCCAGGUCACAGACUGGUACCAGUCCGGGCCUGUUAGGAACUGGGCCGCACAGCAGGAGGUGAGCUUGAAUGCAGUGUAUUUGAAUCAUCCUGAAACUGUCCCCCGACCCCCAGUCUGUGGAAAAAUUAUCUUCCAUGAAACCAGUCCCCAGUACCAAAAAGGUUGGGGACUGGGGGAACAUUACUAUUGAAUAAAUUUCUAUUGCCUGGCUAUGUCAGUCCCUUGGUUCAAUCAACAGUGGCCAGGAGCAGCAGACAUAUCACUCAAAACCAGAUGACUUUUAUACAAGAAAACCCAAUGGCCCCCUUAAUGAAAGGAGAAUAGGGGACAGAGUAGACCCUCAGAUUCUGAGGAACUUAAGUAUCACUUUUCUAAGGGUUCUCUUUUAGACCUCAGUGGUGUUGGAGCCCUAUCUUAUACUUUCUUAGCAGACAGGCAGUACUCAGCUCAGUUACCUUACUUGUUUUACAUCUGUUUUUGUCACUAGAACAUGAGUUCCAAAAGGGCAGACACCCAGUUGUUUGUCUCACUGACCCAGUUGUAGAAGCUGGCACAGUGCCAGCACAUGAUGGCUGCUCCAGGUAUUUUGAUGAAUGACUGGCCCUUGCGGCAAGCACAGGUCUUCACAGUAGGUCCCAGGACAAAUCAGUGUUACUUAUUCACUGAGCACACAUUUAGUUGUCAUGUGCUUGUGGCCAGGCAUUAGGACCUGCCAGGAUGGACCCCUGAGUGGAUGGGGCAAAGUAAGACCCGGGUACCUUACUGAGUAUCCUGAAAAGCAUAAGGCUGGACCAGGAGGUGGAAAUGUAACACUAACACCUUUACUGUUCAAAAAGAAAAACUCAAAGCUGUGUAGUGAUUGUCUUAGAAAUUUAGGGAGAAAAACAUUUAAACCAGUAUAAUACAGGAAAUGGACUAAUACAGAUAAAACCUCAAGUUAUGACGUAGGAUACUAAAAAAAAGGAGCAUAAAUAGAAAAAUGAUUCUUUGAAAACACCAAUAAAAUAGAUAAAACCUUCUUAGACUGAAAGAGGGGAAAAGAGCAAAAAAAAAUAAAAUAGGACCAGAUUACGAAGGAAAACUCAGAAGUUUUAAAUGUAAAACCAUAUAUAUGGGAGAAUUUUAAAUAAUUCUGGGAGUAAUCCAUGGCAACAAAUGUGAAAACCAGGCAAACAGAUAAUUUCCUAGCAAACACUGAUCCAACAUUAUUGUUAGAAUAGACAAAUUAAUUACCAAAGAAGAAAUUGGAAAAGUGAUUAAAUAUUUAUCCUUUUGGAAGAUUCUAUUUUUUAUUUAAACUUUUUUAUUCAUAUAUAUGGAAAAGUACAAAAAUCACAAGUAUAUAGUUCAACUGAUUAUCACAAAGUCAACACCAAAAAAAAGAUGAGUUGUCAUUUUUAAUUACUAUAUAAACUGCAUCAGACCAUGGGAAAAGAUGAAAAAAUGCUCAGAUUUUUAAAGGCCAGCGUAAGAGAUUAAUACUAAAACCUGAUAAAGUGCCAUAAAGAAUGCCAUAGCCUAAUCUCACCUAUGACUAUAGAUGCAAAAAUUCCAAAUAAAAUAAUGUUGAGCGCUGCAUCAUAUAACCCAAGCUUUUUUCAGCCUCCGUAUCAGGACGUUUAUGAAUGUGUUUUACUACAUCAAGAUUUGAAGAUUAUUUAAAACUUCCAGCUAAGAUGGUGGUAUAGGCAGAAACACUUGACCUCGCACAACCAAAAGAAGGAUAACAACCAAAUUAAAAACCAAGAACAACCGGAACUGCCAGAAAAUCAUUUCUGUGUAAGUCCGACAACCAAGGAGUUAAAGAAACAUUCACCCAGACCGGUAGGAGAGGUGGAGACGUGGAGACAGGCAGCCAGGGUGGAGAGGGCACAUGGCAACGCAGCAGCUGGCGGACCAUAGAGGAGGUCCCACUUUCGAGCACAGAUAGCCGGGAGAAACAAUGGGGGAGUGAGACAGACCUUGAAACCCAGGUUUCAGCACGGGAAACUAAAGACUCAAAACCCCUGUCUGUAAAAAAAAAAAAAAAACCUGUGGAGGUUGCGGUGGCAGGAGAGACUCCCAGUCUCGCAGGAGAGUUUGCAGUCUGCUUUUUGGGAAGUGAGGGAAGUGAUGGAAAGUGGGACAAGAGCACGGCAAGUGGCAUUGUUCCCUCUGACCCUUCCACCACAGGCAGCACCACAGCGCAGCAAAGAGGGUUGCCCCGCCCUGGCAAAUACCUAAGGCAUUGCCCCUUACCACGUAACAGGUGCCCCAAGACAAAGAAAUAUGGCCCAAAUGAAAGAACAGAAACUCCAGAAAAACUCCAGAAAAAGAACUAAGUGACGGGGAGAUAGCCAACCUAUCAGAGUUGAUGCAGAGUUAAA